CUCCUCAACAAGUUAGACCUGCAGCACCGUAGCUGUAGCCCCUUGUUGUGGCGGCCUUCGGUAACAAUUCCUGGCUAGCAGACAUACUAGUUAGAUGCGUAUUCAAGCGAAAAACCAGGAUGAACCUUUGACGGUACACCUGCGGAGGUUUCCGGCCGAGUCCCCGGAGGAGUUGUUGGCAAUCUUGACAAACCUGUCAGGUAAGGUAGGUGAGCGUUCUUUUGGCCUUUUCAGGAACUUUACUAAACCUGAGGCGAUGCCUUAACGCCGGCGCUCGUGGGCCAACCUUCCUCAACGUGCCAAAGGCUCUCUCUGUGAGGAC